AUGCAAGAGUCGAAACCGACGGACGUAAGUCUGAAGUCCGCUCCAAAUCACACAGACAACUGCAAAAAGGAGCGCAAACGAAGUCAUCAAGGAAUCUCUGAGCCGGUUACUCAACAGGCGGAAACGAUUCAGGUAAUAACUUUUAAAAAUACGUGUUUAGCAAAAUUGAAGCUCAUGUCGAUGCAAAAAUCAGUAAUUUACUGAAACUUAAAUUGAUUACAGAAAAGCGACAACGGUCUCAAGAAUCACCUUCAAAUGCCGAGCGAACACCACCAAAUUGAAGCCAAGCGUACCAAAGGUAAGCUCAAAAAACGCAACGGUUAGUGUUCGCUUCCCCGUUGAGCUCAAAUAAUCAGUCUAUAUAAUUUCAGAUGGAAAUGACAGUGAUUCGGAAGAUGACAAGGAGGGCACAUCAACCACUGCUCGCAAACGCCCCAAGAAUAGCAGCAGGGAAUCGGUUUCCAUCUUCCGCCGUCGGAGCACACGACUUUCAUUUGGAACAAGGUUCUUGGCCGACCGUCUGGCACCUGUUCUGAUGGAGAUCCGGGCACUCUGUACCAUAGAAUGUGUCACGCAGCAGAUCAAGGAAGUCGAGAAGCGUUUGCACGAGACAAUGUAUCAUACCUUUGGAGAUUUCAUGACACACAUCUGGAAUAUAUUCGACGAAGCCAAACUGAAAGUGACCACAGAAGCGGAGAAUCUCAACAUCAAAUUGGUAAGGCCUAAACAAAAAUAAUGAUUUCGAACUAAUGAAUGUUUCAGAUGUACGAGAAGUUCAUCGAAGUGGUCGACCCAGUCCGAGCUGAAGUUGGGUACUGCUGUUCUCACAACCUAACAUACCCCGAUCGUCUUCUGUUGUGCGGCUUCCACACAAAAACGGAAUAUGCGUGCGAGAUUGAAAUUGGAGACGACUACUACCUGUUCGAUAGAACCAGCCAGGUCAGAGGAAUGACAGUCACCGAGAAAGUCAAGUACUGUGUGGAUCACUUCAUGACGUUCAAGAAGAGGGCCAGCGGAGUUGCAACGAGUCUAUUCGUCAGGCAAACCAAUAGUGCAGUUUCCAUCCGAACGCUCUGUUGCAAGUAUUGUAAAUCUCGUUGGCAUCACUCUUGCGCCAUGUACGACGGAGAAGUGAAUCCCAACGAUUUCGUCUGUCAGAAAUGCUCUCAAAACGACAACUCAUCGGUCAAUACAGCUGGAAAAUUAUUGGCCAAGGACCUGCCACGCAACAAAUUGUCGGAUUUUCUGGAGGAACGAGUCAAGGCUUUCCUGCAGCAGAACUCAAGUGGGCACUGUGAUGAAGUGUUCAUAAGGAAUGUCUUCUCGAUGCAACAGACGCGCGAAGUUCUUCCAAAAAUGAAAGAAAGAUUUCCGCACUUUCCGAAACAGUUCGAAUGCAGACGCAAAACCAUAUUUGCGUUUCAAGUGAUCGAUGGAGAAGAAGUUUGUUUCUUUGCUAUGGACGUCGAGGAAUACGACAACACUUGCCCGGAGCCGAAUAAAGGAACCAUCAACAUCUCGUUCAUCGAUUCGGUCAAGUUCUUCAGUCCGAAGCAGCUCCGUACGGGGCUGUACACGGAACUAAUUCUUGCAUACUUUGAAUAUUGCAAAAACAUGGGCUUCUCGAAGGUGCACGUCUUGUCGUCUCCGCCGACAGACGGGUAUGACUACUUGUUCCACGCUCGUCCUCCCACUCAAACACUUCCAACGGCUGAUAUGCUGGACAAUUGGUAUCGUGAACUGUUCGGAAAAGCGAAGAGCAGAAACAUCAUUCACGGCUGCAAGUCCUUCCUUGAAAUGAACUUCACUUCUCCACAAGAAUUCCCAUAUAUCCUCAAUGCCUUCUGGCCGAAGAAAUUGGAAGCGUGUUGCGUCGCCGACAAUUUCCAACUUGCUCUUGAUGAGUGCAUCGCCGAAGACAAAGACGAGGUGUUUCACAUCAGCUUCUACUCACCCGAUGACGAGAAAGAAGUGAAGAAGCGUGUGAUCAAAGAUGAGGAUGCGACCUUGCCGUGGAACUUUCUCGGCGAUCUGAGACUCUUUCUCAUUAAGUGCGAAGGAGACGGCUGGCAGUUUUCGACGCUCGCACUGGCAAAGUACUCGACGAUGCGCAUUGUCCGCCAGCUGCACGCCUCUUCAAAGGUGAGUUCUGCCCAUCUUUCUACCAAGUUUCCACAUUAUUAAUAUUUUUUUGUUUCAGAAUGAACACACCCGUACACUCCGUAGCUGAUAGCACAAUUGCAACACGAUUGGUCAGGUUGACGUUUGAUGGUCUACGGUUUCGACUUCAGUUCUAAUGACCGAACCCUCGUUUUGUGAAUACUGUACAAUGUUGUUAAUUUUGAGUCUCUGAUGGAAAAUGGUCGUUACCUAAGCACAAAUGCGCCCAGAAAUUGGAAAUGUUUUAGACUAACAAUUCACACUUCACAUUUUUUUUAACCCUUUCCGAGCCUAUUCUUGACUGAAAACCGUUUGUUUCUAUUAUUUCAGUGUCAGAUUCUUUUCUAGCACCAACAUUCUAAUCACCACUGCGGAAGUCACGUCCUUUUCCAUUUCAGAUGGCCAUCUGCCCAAAAACUUUCUGGAAUGCUUCUUCACUUUUUACAUGUCUUUUUUCUGGACUCUCCGCCCCUGUCUUUUUCAUUUCAUGAUUUGAUCUCCGAAAGUGUCACUGCCCUUUCCCACCUCGGAUCAUGCAUGUCAUUCAUUCCUCCAUCUCACCUCACCCGAUUCUUUAAAAUAUCUCUUUGCAUAGUUAAUUUCUGUUCUUCUUAUUUUGUCUGUGUUUUACUUUGAAUUAUCCGUUUCUUUUCAGGCUGAAGAAACAAGAGAAAAUGAAAAUCACAGUUGUUUCAACCCAUUGUGUUUCUUCCCAACUCGUCCAUCUUUUUACCUUCCAUUUCGCGGUGAUUUUUCAACGCGCCGAACAAAGAAAAGACAAUGAAUAACGGUUUUCGACGAGCCCUUCCUCCUCACCCCCCGUCCCUCCCUCUCGGCGAGCGGGGGAAGAGGCGAAAGAUGCUCUUGUUCGAAUGACUCCGCCCACUCGGAGUUAGUGCUACCCGUCGGAUAACUUCUAUCCAUUAGACAUUCCGCUUUUUAGGCUUUACACGAGCCCAAUUCAUUGUUUUUUUCUUUUUGUCCGAUUACAACAUUUGUCUGGUUUCCAGAUGGUGGCACGUAGGAAGGGAGAGCGUGUCAUUCGGAAGAAUGAAGUGGAAAAUGUGCAGCAAAGAGCAUGUGCCAACCGGCGGGAACGCCAACGAACCAAGGUGAGUGACGCUUUCAUUUUUAUUGCCAAGAUGCUCUUUUUCCCCUUCUCGCGCUAGAUUUUCCAAGUUUUUCACUGAAAAAUUAGAAAACACUGGCACAACUAUCUGGAGAGAUGUUUUCUAGAGUACUUCUCAGCAGCAUUUCGUCAUUUCGUCACUUUGUUCUUUGUUUUCUCAUUACUGACAGAUGUCUGCGCUGAAAUUUACAACAUAACUGCUUUCUCUCAUGCUUCUCAACAUCCUGGGAGGUAGAAAAUUUGGUUUCAGAUUGUAUGUGAUUCAUCCGAUUCAUAUGAUCUGAAGAAAACUCCAGAAGUUCUCAAAUUAGACGGUUUCAUGGCACUAAACAUUGUCUCCUUAACAUUUCGAAAUCGCAACCCUGAACUUUGUCAGUGCAAUAUACGAAAACGUUGCGGUUUCGAAAUGUCGGGAGCCUUAUCAAUUAGUAGGGCAGAGCCCAAUAAACAAUUGGAUAUUUGAGACAAGUGUACACUUGCGGGCAGCCAGCUUCCGUUCCCAACCCAUAUCUCACAUCUUGACACCUCCUUCUCAUAGCAACUUGUUUCACAUCCAAUCACCGCUCGCCAAGCGGCAGCAUUUAUUGUUUCUGCGCACAAUGUUUACGGCUCAUCAUCUGCUCGAUCCGUUCCAUUCCGCCACACCAAUCUAGCACCCGGCGUCGUUUAUCGCUAACAUUAAACCACCCUCCCCUCCCCUCUAUCCCUUCUCUGACGUUUUUGAUUCUUUCUCCUAAGUACGGUAGAUCGGGAUGAAGGAACCCACGGCACGGGAGAGUAAUAAAAGAAGAAGGUCCCUUCUGGCUUCUCCGACAUCUGGAGCCGAUUUGAAGACACCGGGGGGAGUCGGAGAGACGAAAACUUAUUUUCCCUGGGUCCCCCUCCGCCAAGUUCUCGACGCGAGUUGCUGGCUAAACAAACCGUUUAGAAUGGGAGACAGAAAUGAUUACAAUCAUGGAAGAUUUGUUUAGUUUAGGUUUGUUACUGUACUAAGUGGUCAGCUGUCACUGAUAUAAACAAUAUCUAUUUAUGCGCGAAAAAAACACAAAUUCUCGAGGAUAUCAUUUGUUUACAGGAACUUAAUGACGCCUUCACACUUCUGCGUAAACUGAUCCCCUCGAUGCCAUCGGACAAAAUGAGCAAAAUUCACACUUUGCGGAUUGCCACGGACUAUAUCACGUUUCUUGAUGAGGUUUUGCUGGAAAAACACUGCAAAAAAUGAUUUAUCUUGUGUUUCAGAUGCAAAAGAACGACUGUAAAUUGUACGGAAACUCGAUUUUCGACGAGAAAAGCGGAUAUAACCUUCAAUCAGCGUUCAACAUGUGGCGGGGAAACAACGGAUACACAAACAUGAACGGCCAUCCUCCACUUCCACCUUUGCAAUCUGGUCAGUGUGAUUCUAUCGAACCCAAUACAAUAUUUUCAGUUUCAGGUCACAUUCCACCGCCACCUCCGCCCAACAGCAUUCCUCCUCAUUGUCUGAUGCCACAGCCGUGGUAUCUCAACUGCCCGCCAAAACGUAAGUUCAGUCGGUCACUUUGAGUAGAUUAAAGAGUAGGUCAUGUCGUUAAACUUCAAGUUCUACCACUAGCAAGUAGUUUUUAUGACCACUUCAUUGACCAAUGCUUUGCUGAAUCAAAAAGUUUGUCCGAAAAGUUCAUAAAACCAAAAAUGCAGCCGAAUUCCACGACCUCUCGUCUACUCCGAUCCCCAAUCUGGCUGUGAACCCGAACCAACUCACUCCGAUCCAUUGGCAGUGA